CCCAAUUGAUUCGGAAAAUCGACGCUCUACUGUUGAAUAUUCUGUUUCACCAACUGAACAAAAAUCGGAAGAAUUAUCAUCGUCGUCGUCACCCGAUCAUCCGGAAGAAAAACAUAAGUUAUCCAAGAAAAUGACUAAUUGGGACCACUCCGUUGAAAAAGAUAAACUAACUACGAAAAAAGGAGUGAAGCAAGUAACCGAAGUUGACGUAAAUGAAAAUCGAGAGGAAUCCGAUGACAUGGAAAAAAUGUACGAAGUGAAUUUGCCUCCAGAUCUCGAUAAAAGAAGAGAAAUGGAGCAAAAGAGGAGUGAAUCGCCCGUUCUUGUAGUAGAACAUAAAGAAAAGAAACGAAAAUUAAAGAAGAGUGGUUCCGAAAGUAGCGAGGUGGUGCAGUCGGACCUGGAGAGUCCCAAAAAGAAAAAGAAAAAACAUAAGAAGCAUAAAAAACACAAGAAGCACAAGAAACACAAGAAAGUUAAGAAGGAAGAAGAGGCAUCGGAAACGGACGAGGAGAACAUGGAGGAACUGGAGAGAAAGCUGCGCGAGCGCGCCUUGCAGUCGAUGAUGACCAAGGUUCAAGUUGCUCAAGAAGCGGGAACGUCGGAAGACAAAAACUAACGGAACUUUGUCGUUCCCCACUCGACCGUAUUCGUAAGUUACCCGCGGAAAGAAGAGUGGGCCGGCCACCGACGCCCAAAGAGCAACCGGAACGUUUCCCUGCCGAUUUUUUAAUGCCAUUAAAAUAAAGUUUGUUUGAGAAAAGAGAGAACGGAUCCACCCCGUACCCCACGCGUUUCGUUCGCCGCCGGGUCGUCCGGCCUCCCGCUUUUCCUCCCUCCGCCCCGUCAUCUUUCUAGGUUUUUAUCCGGUUCCGGGUCUUAGAGAGGCGCGGAGUGGCGGCCACCCGGGUGGGGAUUUCGGUAGGUCCGGGAGGGAAGAAUUUCACGCCGACGGAAAAUUCCUUAAAUCCGCAAAUAUCAAUAAAUAUAUAUAUAUAAUUGUACGGGCGUCGUCAUCUAGUGCCUUAUAUCGCCCGGACGGCAUUGGGCUUUUAGUACGGAAAUUCGUCUCCGGCGGUACGUGUGGUGAUUUACGAUUGCAGUGUGUAUAUAAACAUUGUCUACUCGUCGUCUCAUGUAACGACAUCGGCAAAUAGUUAUCGUCAAUAAAAUCCUGUCUCCAUUU